AGUGGUCGCGCCCGGCGUCCGGGGCGGGGCAGCGGCCGCAUAAAGGCGGUUGGGGCGGGGCGCGCGCGUUCUGUCAGCCCGGGCCCCGCCAUGGCCUGCCGAGCGCGGAGCCCGCCCCGCCGCGGGGGUCGCGGCGCCAGCCCGCCGCCCCCGACCAGGUGGAGCCUUGGCCGCAAGCGCAGAGCCGACGGCCGCCGCAGGGCGCACGAUGACGACGAGGACGACUGCAGGCCGGACAGCUUUACCACUCCCGAAGGCCCUAAGCCCCGGUCUAGGUGUACCGAUUGGGCCAGUGCAGUGGAAGAGGAUGAGAUGAGGACCAGAGUUAACAAGGAGAUCGCCAGAUACAAGAGAAAACUGCUCAUAAGUGACUUGGGGAGAGAGAGGAAGUCUUCAUCAGGCAGUUCUGAUUCAAAGGAAUCCACGUCCGUGGUGGCUGCUGAUGUGGAGACGGACGAGAGCGUGCUGAUGAGAAGACAGAAGCAGAUCAACUAUGGCAAGAACACCAUCGCCUAUGACCGCUACAUCAAGGAGGUACCCAGGCACCUCCGUCAGCCUGGCAUCCACCCCAAGACUCCCAACAAAUUCAAGAAGUACAGCCGGCGGUCCUGGGACCAGCAGAUCAAACUCUGGAAGGUGGCGCUGCACUUCUGGGACCCUCCAGCAGAGGAGGGCUGUGAGGUGCAGGACAUACACCCAGUCGACCUGGGCGGGAUGGAGAUGGAGUCGGCAGGCAGCAGCUCCAGCUCCCAGGAGAAUUUUGACAUGGACUCUGGCACACCCACCAAAGUGCGCCACGUCGACAGCCAGGCAGGGGAUGAGUUUGACCUGGAGGCCUGUUUGACUGAGCCGGUGAGAGACCUUUCAGCCAUGAGCUAACAGUGACCCCUGGAGGCCACAGGAUGCAGGCGCUAUCCCUGUCGGAGGACCGGUCUGGCUGUGUCCUGUUCUGGUGACUUUAUUCCUGCCUGUUUUCUUAAGAAGCGUUGAUUUUUGUGUAUAGUGAGUGUAUCUGCAUGUUCUUAGUUGUAAAUGGAACUCUUCUCAUGGGAAACCUGCCCCUGAACUGCUGUGGCCACCCCCAAGUCUGGGCCCUGGUGAGCAGUGUGUGCCCAAGGCCCAGCAGACCUCAGGUGGCCUCACUGCCGUGUGUUCAGAAUUGGUACUUGCAAUAUCUCACUGGGAAUUCCACUGGGGCUUUUUGUCAACCAUCAGCUGGUCUUUCCCUGUAUGGAGCCUGGAUAGGCAAAGGCGGUAAACUGGACUGUACAAUUCAUGGGUUUUAGCUUAUUUUCAACCUAAAUUUGAUCUUGUAAAUAGCUUUGGGGCUGCCCCUGCAGUGUUCCAGGAGUGAGGACACAGGUGGGCUUAAUGCAUUUUUCACAUCAGUUAAUCUACCAUGUAAAGUUGCUGUAAAUGAUAAUGUGUACAGAUUUUUCUGUUCAGAUGCACAAUUGUAAACUUCUUGUUGAGACUUGUUUCUAUUGCUUUUGUAUGGGAUUACAAUGCAACAAUAAAGACGAAAAUACCUCUUUAAAGGCC